UUACUACACGUAUCUUCUUUAGUCUCUCAAUUUCUCCAAAAAAUUCAAGUGCAGUUUUUUUUUCUGAAGAGCAGCAGAAAAGUAAGAUAAGAUGGGCGGAUGUGGAACAUCAAUUGAUGGUUGGGAAUUUGAUAAAACUGAAGCUCGAACACUAGUUUUAAUUGGAUGCGCUGGAGAUGGUAAGAGUUCGACAGGAAAUAGCAUUGUUGGAAGAAAUGUAUUCAGGUCGAUGCCUCAUUCUGCUGGUGUUACAUCUACUUGUGAGCAUCAAAGAACUAAUCUGCCAAAUGACCAAAUACUACAUGUGAUUGACACGCCUGGACUGUUUGAUUUUUCAGCUGCUCCAGAAGUUGUUAGGACUGAAUUUCUUAGAUGCGUUGAUUUGGCUGAAGAUGGCAUCCAUGCUGUUCUUUUAGUUCUUUCUGUAAGAAAUCGCUUUUCAAAAGAACAACAAGCAGCUGUCCAGAGUUUUCAAGAGUUCUUCGGUGGAAAAAUCAGUGACUAUAUGAUUGUGGUAUUCACUGGUGGAGAUGAUCUUGAAGAUCAUGAUGUGACUUUGGAUGAUUACUUAGGUUCCGACUGCCCUGAGCUGUUGAAGGAAACUCUUGCUAUGUGUGAAAAUAGGGUAGUGCUUUUUGACAACAAGACUCAAAACCAAAUUAAGAGAGCUGAGCAAUUAAGAGAGCUUCUUUUCGAAGUUAACUUGGUUGUGGAAGAGAAUGAUGGAAAGCCUUAUACCAACAAUUUGUUCAAGAAAUUUAAGGCAAAUGUUGAGCAAGACAUAAAAGAAUUGAAGGACCAAAUGCAGAGAUCCCAUGAGGAGCAAUUUAGUCGUAUAACUGAAAUGGUAGAAUCGAAGCUCGAGGAGAAAAUGCAGAGGCUAGAAAAGCAACUAAAGAUGGAUCGUGCUGCUCGGGUUGCUGCUGAACAAAAGGUUAAAAAAGAUCAAAAGAAAUCAAAGCAUGAGAAUCGUAAGCUUGAGAGUUCGAUGGUUCUUGACAAAGCAUUUUCGUUUCUUUUGUGCUUAUGUGUGUUUGUGUUAAUUUAUUGGUAUUUGAAAUAGUAGUUAGCGCUUUACUCUCCAUUCAACUUUCAACAUACUUAUAGAACACCAAAAUUUUGGCCUGGAGAAUUACUUUUGUCAUUUCAAACACAAUUUGUGUUAUAAAAUUGAUUCAAUUUGAUCUUGUUCAUCUUCUACUCAACUAAGUUUGUAUG